AUGUAUAAGAAUUUGUCCAAUUUCGCUACAAACCCAUUUGAAGAUUUAAUUCAAAAAUGUAUUAAUGAAGAACAUAUUAAAUUUUACGAAUAUACUCGUUUCAAGGAUGUAAACUUGAUCGGGGAAGGUGGAUAUGGAAAAGUAUACCGUGCUACUUUAAAGAAUAAUGAAAUCACUGUCGCACUAAAAUCAUUUAAAAGUAAUAAUGUGGCCAUUAAUGAAGUUGUUAAUGAGCUCAAAUUACAUCGCAAAGUGGAUAUGCAUUCCAAUAUUAUACGCCUACAUGGUGCUACUGAGAAUAAAGAUAUUGAACAACAUCAGAUUGCAAGCUUAAUUUUGGAUAUUAGUAAUGGUACUCGAGAAAAUUGCUGGCAACAUGAUCCUGAUAAACGCCCAGAUAUUCAACAAGUCUUUUCAGAUCUAGAAAAUUUAAUUAUUAAUGAUGGACAGUCUAUUAAUGGAAUAAAACAAUAUAAUACUAAUGAAAUUAAUCAAAUUAUCUUAGAACAAAAUAAGUUUACAUUUGAUUCAAAUUUG